AUGGCGGCCGUUUCAGCACCUACCCCUAAGCUGGAUCGCUAUAUUGUCAUCCACGUUGCAACCACUUGCGACGAACAUGGCGUUUAUGUCACCAAGGACUCAGCCGAGGUGAUCGAAUUGGGUUGGAUUUUGUUGGACAGCAAGACCUGUGAGGAGUUGCACCGGGAAAGUGUCCUCGUCAAGCCCGUCAACACUCCCAUCACCCCACUCUGCACAAGCUUGACUACCCUCACAUGGGAGCACGUCCGCUCCGCAGGUACCUUCCGCGAUGCCAUUUCCCGAUUCGAUACUUUUGCCAACGAGCAUCUUACCAGCAAACAACUGGACUGCCCCGCGAGGCCCGUGACAAGGCCGUUGUCCUCCCCCCCAUUCCUGCAGCACUCCCGCACUUUCGACCUGCGCACCGAAUAUCAGCGCUGGCAAACCCAUCACCCCGAGUCUUUGCCCUUCGGCCCCAGCUCCCUCUCCAACAUCUGUGCUGCCCUCGAAGUCGAACCCGUUCAGUCCUCGGCCCCCAUCAAACACAAUCUGCCCUUCCACCUGCAAGCACUGGCUCCCGCCUCCCCCCGCCGUGCCAUGGAGGAGUCGAUCACCCUCGCCCGUGUCCUCCGCGGUCUGAUCCGCAAAUCCCAACCCGCCCAGGAACACCCCGAGAUCCUCACUCGUCCCAUGGAUGCCCACGCCGAUGUGCGCGCUUUCCUGGCUGAGCGAAGCAAGGUUCUCCAUCUCAGUGGUCUGCCCCACGACACCACCCAGUCGGAGUUGGAGAGUUGGUUCACUCAGUUCGGUGGCCGGCCCAUUGCCUUCUGGACCCUCCGAACUCCCGAUCAGCACAAGCCCACUGGCACCGGCUUCGCUGUAUUCUCUUCCCACGAAGAGGCCGCCGAGAGCCUGUGCAUGAACGGCCGCGCUCUGAACGAGAAGGCCAUCGAGGUCUCCCCAUCUUCCAGCCGCGUUUUGGACCGCGCUGCGGAAAUUCUCACUCCAUUCCCUCCUUCUAAGAACCGUCCUCGUCCUGGUGACUGGACCUGCCCUUCAUGCGGCUUCUCCAACUUCCAGCGCCGCACUGCUUGCUUCCGUUGCUCAUUCCCCGCCAUGGCCGCCGCGCCUGACCCAAUGGGCUACGGAUACGGCUACGGACCCCCCCAACAUGAUGCCUCCUCACAUGGGCCACGGCCACGGAAUGGGCGGCCACUCGCGUGUACUCCCGCUCCUGGACCUUUCGCCUCGACCGCAGGUGGAUUCGGCGGAUUCGGCCAGCAGUUCGGUGGUGGCCCUCCCAACAACUAUGCCCUCCCCUCCGGCGGACUGGGUAACGCCCCCGGUGCCUACCCUCCUAUGGGCCAGGUCAACUCUGGCUACGGUUCAUCUAGCACCUCUCACUCCGCUGCAUCCUUCGCCAACCCGGCCACCCAGGCCGCGUUCACUGGCGCAGACCACGGCGUGCCGUCAACCAGUGCUUCCAACGGCGCUUUCUACGGCGGUGCCGAGGGCUCUAGCGAUCCCUUUGCCUUCCUGUCGACCGGUCUCGGUGGUCUGACCGUUGCGGAUGAUCCUCACUCGCGCCGCAACGGUGCUGGUGCCAACAAGUCUCCCGCAUAA